UUGAAUAAUGUUUAUACUUGAUUCGAACGCGUCUAUUAUUGAAACGAGUAAGCAAUAAUUAAUUACCUGGUACUGUUGUGAAACAUAAUAGACAAAUGUGCUCGUAUAAUAAAGGAGAAAUGAUUAUUCCAAGAAAAGAAAUGGUUUUAAUAAAUAUGUUAAUUUGAUAAAAUUUGAAUCACUAGUGUAAUAAUUUGGUUAGAUGAUUAUUUUGUAAAUAUAAUAUACAUGAAGAUUCUGAUCAGUUAUAUAUUAAAAAAGUAUUGGAGAGGAUACUAUUUUUAUAGUUAAUGAAAAUGAAUACAGAAAACGAUUAUAAUGUUGCUGUCAGAUAUAGAACUGUUCGUAAGCAUUUAGAUAGCUUAGGAUAUAAACAUUCUAUAACUUUGGAUGCACUACCUUUGAUAGAAAAACUGCUAGCCGAUCUUCUUCAGACAACAGAAAGUUUAAAGCAUUUUAAGAGUAUUGCUCAAGAAAAUAUUGAGGCACAUUCUCAAUUGCAAUCAGCAAUAGAUCCUUACAAAUGUGACAAUGCAAGACUGGUAGAAGAAUGCAACCAGCUUCACUCAGAUUUCUUAAAAGCAAAGGAAAGUCAUCAGAAGCAAAUCAAGGAUCUUAAGAAAGAGAUACAUAAAUUGGAACAUGAAUGUAAUGAUCUCCAAUUGGCAUCUUCUCGUAAUUUACAAAAAAUUAAGGAAUUAGAGACUGAAUCAUCCAGAAAGUCUAAAAAAAUUUUGGAGCUUCAAGGGAAAUGUUUGAAGCCAACAAUCAGUAAUGUUGGAUUAGCUUCUAAAAAGCGUCCUUGUUAUCCUCUUCGAAGAGCAGUUUUAGAAAGUGACCCGCUACCAAAAACAGGAUCUAAAAGUCAGCCUUUGCCGAAUUUGAGUACAGUGGAACCAAAAGUUGUCGAUUUGUUAAGCAUGGCGGAUCACAAAAUGAACUGUUUGUCUCAUGAGGUAACAAAACUAAAGGAAGAACUUUUAUUACAAACUGACAAUGUGCAAACAUUGGAAAGUCAGUUAACUGCUAAAGAAAAAGAAAUCAUACGACUGAAAAAGUUGUUGGAAGGUGGUAGACCAUAUUCUGCAGUUUCAAAAGAUUGUCCUUGUAAAAAAGUAGAAAAUAGUUUUAUGCAGUCCACUGAUAAUGUAGAUCUUCACGAGUUAGAAAUUCUUCAACAAGAAAAGUUUGAGUUAGAACAACAAUUAAAAGAAGCUUUAAAUAAACAGCACGAUGCCAUGACUCAAGCACUUAAGCUUGCUGAUCGAAAUGAAGAAUUGGAAAAGGAAUUAAGGGAUAUAGAUCAUAUAGCUUUAGCUGUGGAGGCUGACUGUAAUUCUGUAGUUAAAGAAAAUAAUGAAAGGGUCUCUAAGCUUCAACAAAAGUUAGAAGAUGUAAUGACUCAAGUGCACAAUUUAGAAGGAGAACUGACAGUGGAGCAUAGAGAAGUGCAAGAAUUGAGAGCAGAUCUUGAAGCUUGUAGAUUAGAGAAACGUAAUAUUCAACGCAAUUUGGAAUCCGCGUUAGACGAGAAAAAACAUAUGAUAGAUAGAAUAAAUGAGCUAACAGUGAUUGAAAAGAAUUUAAACGAUGAGAUAGAAAGAUUAGCCAGAGAAAAUGAGAAACAACGACAAGAUAUCAUUCAGUUACAGUAUAGCAAUAAACUAUUAAAGGAACAAAUGCAUAUAAAAGAAAUGUUACAAGCUGAUGAUGGAGGUGGUUCGAAAGAGGCGAAAGAGAAAGGAACGAAGAAUGAUUUCAAUAGAGGUCAGAAUGGAAUAGACAUUCAAGAUAUAUAUAGGAGAGAUGUUUAUAAUAUAAAUCGUGCUGAAUAUGAAAAUAUACGUAAACAAUUGGAUGAGAAAGAAUCUCGAUUAAGUAAUUUGGAACAAGGGGUUGAAAAGUUGAAAAGGGAAAGAGACUUUUACAAGAAUGAAUACAAUAAUAUGAAAGAGUAUCAUAACAGAACAAUUGAAAAAGAUCAUGAUGACCUGUGGUCACGAAUUCGAGAAUUAAAAUGUCAGUUAAGUGAGAAGGAAAGUGCGCUGGAUGAAUUGCAACGGGAAAAAAAUGAACUGUUUCGGGAAAAAACGAAUUUAGAAACACGAUUACAAAGUUAUAAAACUGAGCAUAAACACCCUCAUCGACCAUGCAAUAUCUGCAAGCGUGGUACUUCAUGCAAUUGUUCUCCUCCUACUUUCAAAGAUACCAACAAAGCGAAGAGUAUUAUUGAACGUUUGGAACACGAACGGGAUAUGGCCCGAGGAGAUAUUGAACGACUAAUAGAAGAACGUGAUGCAUUGCGUGAAAGACUCAAGUUGGCAGCAGAAGCACAUACAUCUGAACAACGUCGAUUGCGAGAGAAUUUGACUGAGGUAGAAACUCGUUUGAAACAAAUAGAGAAAGAACGACAAGAGCUUCUGUUAACACAAGGAGCACGGCGAGCAACAAUAAAUGGAUUAGAAGACCAAUUAGAAGACGUACGAGAAGAGUUAAAGCGAACUAAGCAAGAAUUAGCCAGUCAGCGUACUCAGUAUUUUCAACUUAGAGCACUACAAGAUCAGACUGAUCAGGCACUGGGUGACACUCAGAAUCAAUUAACACAAUCAAAGUCGGAAUUGAAUAAGGCAUUGGAUCGCAAUAGAACAAUGGAGCGGCAGCAACAGCAGCUUGAAGAUCAGGUGAAGGAUUUACAACAAGAAAUUAACAAUUUAAAAAUAAAUAUGACACACUUAGAUCACGAAAAGGAUCAGUUGUUGAUGGUAUUGGACGAGAAAACGGAAAGAAUAGCUGCCUUAGAGAGGGAAAUGAUGUUGAAAGAUCAGCAGGUACUAGGAAGCGAUCAACAGAUCCGAGAAUUACAGCAUAAAAACGAAUUGACCGUCGAGCAGGCUGCCGAGCAGGAGAGGCAAGUUAGGUCGAUACAGAUGGAGAUGGAGAAUCUUCAGCGGCAGCUGCAAACGGCUAGUUACGAUCGCGAGAACAUCAUUCAGGAGAAUCGAAGGAUCCAGGAUGAUUUGGCGGCAUGCACUUGCGAAGUGAGGAAUCUGCAACGCGAGCUGGAAGCCUCUCGAGCCGAGUCCUUUGAUCUGAAGAGGCAACUGCAAACUUACGUUAGCGAGGUUCGCCGGGCUGAAGAGCUCUUGAACAGGAAGGAGAACGAGAGGACAGAGAUGCUGAAUCACUUCAGAAGUUUGAGUCUGGAGGCGACUGUUUUGGAAAACAACAAUCACAGCUUGGAAUCUGAGGCAGCCGAAGCUAGAGGGGCGCUUCAAACUGCUAGAGAUCGUUUGAUGGAUUUGGAACGUCAGCUGGCUGAUAAGGACAGUCUAAUAAGUGGUUAUGAGACACAGAUCAGUGAGUUGACUCAAAACGUAGCUAGUAUGGAAACUCAGUUGCGCCAGCAUGCAGAACAGAGACAAAGAACAGAAGCUGACUUGACUGCUGUCAGAGACCUGUGUGUAAAGCUAGACCAGCAAAAGGAUACCCUUAUGCAUCAGCUGGACGACAAGGAUUCACUUAAAACACAAUAUGACAUGCAAAUUUCUAAACUGAAAGCGGAGCAGACUAUAAUACAAGAUCAAAUGAGUAGAGAUCGUGCAACAGUGGAACGUCUGGAGAUUCUUCUAGAUCAAGCCAGGCAGGAAUCCAUAACUGUGCAGGCUAAUAAUCAGGAGCUACAGAAUGAGAUGUCUAGAUUGAGAACAAAAAUGUCUGAACUCCAAAGCAAAUUAUCUUCAGAGUCGGCGAAACUUCGACAAUAUCAGACACAGGCUGCUGAAUACUGUAAACAGAUCAGUGAACUUCGUAGACAGGUAACGAAUGAGAGGUUUGAUCGUGCUAGAAUGGAAGAAGAAAAUCGGAGGUCUUUGAAUUCCACGCCUGACAGUUUUAACGUAGAUUUAAAUGUGGUCGUAUAACAGUAUUGAUUAAUAUGACUUGAUCGAUAGAUCUUUACAGAACGAGAGAAACGAAGAGUACAGUGCCAUCAGUCACAGCAACCGAA